UUACAAAUUUAUUUUAGCAAAUUUUCCUCUAUUAUGCAUAGAAUUGGUUAAAAAAGUAACAGAAAAUAGCAAUAACAUCAUUGUUUAUUGAAUACCUAACAAAAUAUUUGCUAGAAAACCUUAAAAAUAUAAGAAAUUAAGAAAAAUUCGAUGUUGAAAUAGCUAAUUUUCCGUUUUUCUGAAAAACGGUAAGAGAUCACCAAGAAAAAAGAUUCAGAUUCGAUUCAUAAUCUGAUUCGUAAUCUACGACCUCAAAAUAGGGUGUAUACCAAUUUUGGUGAAAAUCGGACUAUUUCCAGUUUUCCCAAUAAUUACCAAAAAAACACUGUACACUGUAAUAACUGUGUGAAACCACGGUGAAACUCAAGAUACAUAAACCAGGUGAAACUAUAAUAUUGGAAUUGACAAGUGAAUGAACUCUGCAACAAAGCUCUGCAAUGAAUGUAGAAAAAGAGUUUGAGAUUAAGGUUCUUUUACCAGGCUUUUCAAGACUAAACGGCAAUGUAAUGGAGGCAAAUUGUACUUGUACUUUAAUAAAAGGACCCCAAAAUAUUAUUAUUGAUACAAGAACUGCUUGGGAUGGAGCAGCUAUUGUAGAAUCUUUAAACAAUGUUGGUCUCUCCCCCAAUGAUAUUAAUUAUGUUAUUUGUACACAUGGCCAUUCUGACCAUGUUGGUUGCAAUUACCUUUUUACUAAAGCCAUCCAUAUUGUAGGAUUUAGCAUAUCAAAAGGGGAAACGUAUAUGUUAUCACCAGACUUUAGUAACGAAGAAGAAUAUGUAAUAAAUCAAAAUAUUAAAGUAAUUCCUACACCAGGUCACACGUUACAAGAUGUAUCUGUUAUAUUUAAAGAUAAAAAUAAUUUGGUGUAUGCCAUAGUAGGAGAUUUGUUCGAAAAUGAGAACGACUUACUGAAUGAAUUAAUAUGGAUAAAUGCAGGAAGCGAUAAUAUUGAAUUACAGAGGCAUAAUAGGCUAAAAAUUAUGGAUAUUGCGGACUACAUUAUACCAGGACAUGGAGCUAUGUUUCCAGUUAAUAAAUAAAAUCACAAAUUAAGUUUUGUAAUCGCCCAUUUUAAUCAUCUUUUACUACAUCUAAAUUUUAUAUAAACCAAAAACAUAACCAAACAGUUUUUAUAUGUCUUAAAGGAAAUAAAUAAUUUAUUAUUGGUACAUGAUUCUAUUUCUGUUAAAGGGAAGCAUUUCAACAGUGGAAUGUGUUAACCUACUAACUCCAUUUUUGACUUUAAUUAAAAAAAUACAUUUAGCGUGUAUUCUGUUGCUUACCUUGGUUAUGGUUUUAUGUUCCGUUUCUGUUUCUAUCGGUUUCCUGAAAGUUUUCUUAUUACGGAACACUGUUCCUGAAAAAUUCGGUUAUAACUGUCACCAAACUAACCAACGCGAGAAGGCUGGUUUUUCUGGUUUUGUUUGUCAAUCAGUCAUUUAUGUGACAGAAAUCAAGUAAAUAAUAGUUAUGAUAUGAUAAUAGUAUGUCUUUUAUCUAUGAAGUAAAUAUUGGAAGUUGGAGUGAAAUUCCCAUUUAAUUUCUAAAAUUUAUAAUAAUGUUUUGUAUUUACAUCCAAAAGCAAUGGAGGUAGGCAGUAAAGGUAAAUAAAUUUCAUUAACUAUAUAAAUAGAAUGACUUUUUAGGACCAUUUAAACUUAUCAU